AUGCUGGCCAAUGGCUCAGCUGUUCCGCCUGCCAGACGACACUCAAGAGCUAAGCACCCUGUUAAGCUCGACGGACGGCCAAAUCCCUACGAGCGUCUGCCUGCUGCAGCCUUUGAUGACUUUGUAGACGACAUCAGUACUCGCAUAAGGCGAGCACUCGACUUUGAGAUCCCUCUAGCUGAGCGUAGACCCAAGCCAAGCCUGCCCCGACCUGCUAAGCUCGACUGGCCGAGUCUCGCGACCCUCGAAGCUCAGGAUGGCGAUGCUGACACGCCGACGCAUGAAGAUGCGACGUCUAUACAUGGCCACGAUAGUGAGGUAGAGCAAGACGAGCACGCGUCCUACGAGGAAGCGGAGGAGCCAGAGCUCGACCCCUUCAGUGAAUCUGCGGAAGUUGAUCUGUUUCUAGACGAAGCAGGCGAGACAGAGGAGGGAUCUCGAGCUGCUACUUCCGAGCAAGCCUCGCCACGCAGUCUCGAGGAGACAGCAGUCGUUCUUGAGCACAGUGAACCCCAAGACGACGAAAGCAAACGCGACUCAACCUCUGAGCGCGAAAGCGGACUCGAAGCAUCCCUUGAUGACGGAUCUACUGAGGCCAGCGCGGAGAGCGAAGAGCUCGACUACACUGCGGUAGCGCGCCGUGCUCUAGCCGGCGGAGCCACAGAACAAGAUGCGAUCGAUCUCGGAUCGUCUAGCGCAGACAGCGCAUCGGACGACGAUGAUGAAGCAGAGGACGAAGACGAGGAAGAGGAGCCCGACGAAGACGAGGAAGAUGAUGAAGAUCGAGAUGAGGGGGAUCAAGAGGAAGUCGACGAUGACGAGGACGUGGUGACAGACGACGAGACACCUGAGCCUCUUCCUGUCAUCGCACAGCGUACACUCGCACAUCCUACCUACGACAUAGAAAUUGAUCCCAGUCUGCUCGACCCCUCUCUCGUCGAUACGGACGUCACAGAUACCACCUUGCCUCACCUUAUCGAACAUGACCCGAUCGAGCAGGAGCAGACUAUGCUGCCUAGUCCGCCCGUCUCAGACCGUGAAGAGGAAGAUGACGACGCUAUGAUCCACUUGGCGGUCGCUCCAAGAGAGGAAGUGGAGCCUCUGACCCCGCUGAGCGAGCAAGACGAUCCCGUCGCGCAGCACGAUGCGCUCACUGACCAUAUCAAUGCCUAUACGACACUUCAACAGGGCUCACCGCCGCCAGAGCAUCGAGAUGAUUUGGCCGAGGACGAUGAGGCAGGGGACGCCGAGUCGGAAGAAGCGGCCGAUGUUGCCGACUUUGAGGAUGCCGUCUCGCCCGCCUCAUCGGCUUCUGUGCCUCUUGUAGGACCCUCAUCAUAUACGCUCGACCACUAUCAGCGCGACCGUCGCCGUCGGGCCGCUUACAGACAAGCCAUGCUCCAACGACGCCGUCGCGCCGUGUCUGAAGCAUCCGAGGAGCAAGGCAGCCAAGAAAAUCAUUCUGACGCAAACGAGGACGAAGACGAUGAUAUGUACCAGUACAUUCAAGACGAGCCAACUCAGGCAUCGGACACGGACGAGCGAGCAGAAGUUGCUGCAGCGGCUGCGACGGUGCAGGCGAUCACUCAGCCUAGCUCCACUUUGCAGCAACCCAGUCCACGCUCGGCUUCCCCGCCUGCUAUUCGGCGUAUAGAUGAAGGGAAUGAUGACUACGACGAAGAGACAUCGUCAGAGGCUAUGCAAGAGCCAUCUGUCGAAGACGAUAACGAUCUGUUUGACCCGGACGAGCCUUCAUACAAUGAGCGGCCUCUACAAGCAGCGAUGUCGAAGCAUAUGAAAGAAGAGGUCACACCUUUCUCACGCAUAAGGAGCGGUCUCGAUGAAGAAGCAGAGAAUCUACUGGGCGAUAGCGAUGAUGAGCAGGGCAGGAGACGUCGCGCUACUUUCGCCAAGGCAUCGCAGACACCGUCAUCGCCGUCAUUAUCGCCUGUCGAAGAUCGCAGCCAGACCAGCAAACCGCUCAGACCCGUCAAUGAGGCGAUCGAUACAACAGAAGAGAUCGAGGAAGAGGGAGAAGAUGCAAUGACGUCGCUCGCAGGACGCGUCAAAGCAAAUGCCGAAGAAAUGCCUGUCCAUGUGCUGGCAGAGACAAAGUCUUCUGCGAUCGCAGACGAGGCCACCCUUCAAGACACGAUGUCGGCCACUGAUGACUCACGAGCAUAUCAAUCUGCGAAUGCCGACUCGAUAGAGACCGGAGGCGAGCUUGCUCCCGAAGAGGCUCCUGAAUCCGCGCCUAUGCCCGAGAGUACAGCUGCGGAGGCGCGCAUUGACUUCAAGAGUCAUCUGUCAUCAGCUUUCGGUAUCGAUCCGACGGCCGCAGAGCAGCCUCCAACGACCGCUGAUCCGAAGGACCAUUCGAAUCACUUGCAGGACGAGCCUGUGCCGACAAGAACUGAAACGGAUGUUCUGCCUGUCGUCGACGCUCGCUUGUAUACGUUUGCGCCAGAAACGCGUGCAACGACGAUCGAACGCGGCAACACACCCGUUGCUGAUGUAGGACAAGCUUCGCAAGAGAGCCCAGCGUUUGCGAACGACAAGUCAUCCGUAGAAGCGGUCAAAGCUCACGGCUUGGCCGCUGAUACCUCAAUUGACGCUCAGCAAGCUGACCGGAUGAAAGCCGACGAGGACGUCAAGCUACCCACAGACAGUGUGCAAGUUGAUGAAGUUGGACCACAAAUGGGUGCUCCUGAGACGAUGGGAUCGGAUCAACCGCCGGACGUUUCUAAAGAAGUUCAGGGCAUGGACGACUCAACCGACUCUGCAAAUGCGCUAGUUGACGCAAAUACGGACUCAUCAGCAGAUGUAGAGAGUCAUACUGCCGAUGCACCAGCACUUGCCGUCGAUUUUGCUCAGCCUCACGCUGUGAAAUCUGAGGACAACAAGCCUACUUCCGCUGACAGCUCUCAGACUGGCAAGAGCUCCUCGGCAACAUCUCUCGAAACCCGUGAGAUGGCGGACGAGUCAGACGCACCCGAUGAAGCCGAGGCUGUGCCCGAAAAUAUGCAAUUAGCGCCAAAGCAACUGACUGCUGAAGAAGUUGAUCAGCAAUCGCCCGCCGCUCUGCCGCUCUUCGACCAGGUAGUGAGGAGUGCGCAUCGCCACCGGAUUGGCUUACCUUCUAUCAAACGCGUCUUCGGCUUCCUCAAACCGUUCAAGCAAGCAGAGGCGUCUGACCCAGAUGAUCGCUCUGCGAGGGAAGUACACUUUCCGACUGUGAAUGGCGAAGCAGACGCGGAUAUCAUCGUUGAGGAGAUACCUAUCGAUCUUCAUGCUGCUCCUGCGCCUGUGCAGGAGCAGAAGCCAGAGAUCGAGCCAGACACGCCCGUUUCUGUCGGAUCGCCAGAAAGACGGAGCGCCCGACUACGCAGUCGCAGCGAGGACAGCGUAUUAUCUGCUGCUGAGACACGAGAGGAUCUUCCGGACGAACCAGUGAGACGGUCCUCUAGGCCAAGGAAGCCGACGAAAUUCCUAGAAGAUGCUGUCGAUCCUUUGACAGCAGUCAGCAGGCAGCCAUCUCGACAGGAAUCGACGCCGAUCCGCGACAGUACGCCUAGACGCAGCGUCACGCCGAGGCGAAGCGCAACGCCGAAGAGAUCGCCAAGCAUCCAGCGUAUCCAAUCCCGCGAGCCGUCUGUGCUCGAGUCGCCCAGCAUGCGUCGCCGUCACCAGCAUGGCAACGUGUCUGCAGCGUCUUUCCACGGGGCACCUACCACUUCGACACACAUGACUCGCUCAAGGUGUCCUUACCACCGUCUGGGACAUAUGGACGAAUAUGGAUCGCACUACAUCUUUCUUGUGCCUUUUUGCUCGAUCGCCGGCAAGGAUCUCACGGAAGACGAUAUGGAAGACCUGGGCGAAGUCGAUGACGAUUCCUACGGACAGCCCAUCGCGCUGCCAGACUAUCCGCAUGAUCUGAGCGAGCCUACCGAGCACGUCAGUAUACCUGCGAUACUCGAACCGGAUGUCCUCAUGGCGCUCAUCCGGGUUGUCGGACUCGAUCUCGUUCGCGAGGGCCAAUGCGAGCUCGUUUCCGCGCCAGUGCCGCUUGCGGUCUCGAUCGAGGCGACACGGGAUGUCGAAGAAGAGGAAGAUGUCAAGCCGGACAUCCCAACCGGAGAUGAGCUCGGCAUAGGUCAGAAGACAGCGGAAGAGCCGGCUAUCUAUACUCGCACGCGACCGCGCUUUGCGAGUGUCAAGCGCAAGAGGAGCCUUCAACAGCUGACGACGAGCCAGUCAGAGACCAGGCCGGCCAAGCGCAACAAGCCUGUUUCGGGCUGGCGUAGGUUGCUAUCGUGA